CGCCGCAUAGACCGGAUCGACCUUUCGCCUAGUUUAACGGACGUCGGUUCAUCGGGUUUACUCUGACACUGCUGACUCUCGAGGCCACGCCCACCAACGGCCACGCACCCUAUUUCCUCCAACCGUCCGGCGAGCACGCACUGUUCACGCGCUCCCUGCUCUCCCAUUGGCUGAUUCUCAGCACACACUCAAUUGUGAUUGGUCGAGUGUUGCCACCCGCCGCUGCGUGUUGUGAGUUUUGUUUUUCUUUUUUUUUUCUCCUCCCUCCUCCCCAUGUUUUACACACACAGCUGAGAGUAGAGGGAUCCAGUCAGAGAAAAAAAACCGACCUCAACCCUACCCCGGCUCAGGCAGCAGCACUGGCAACCGCCGUCUCUUUGUUCUGCACUGCCUUUGACAACAAAAAGUGAUAUUUAGAUAUUUUAUUCCUCAAUGCCAUCGCGACAGUUUCGAGAGAUGGACUCCAACGGGACUGAGUACAUGGAUCAUUGUAGGUCCUACGCAAAGAGACGGAGACACGAUAGUGAGCAGUCUGUCUGUAGUGGGACGUCUGGCCUGGAGUACACGGACCUGGAGGCAGCUGAAGCCCUGGUCUGCAUGAGUUCUUGGGGCCAGAGCCACUUCCUCGGGAGCAACAGGCCGAACCCCUGCAAGCCCAGACCCCUCACCCCGGCCUCGGACUCCUGUGACUCCCUCUUGCCGCCAGAACUUCCAGAGCCCCCGAAGGACUUUGUGUCCCUCUCUUCUCUGUGUAUGACUCCUCCUCACAGCCCCAGCUUUGUCGAGACCUCAACGCUCCAGUCUGGCUCUGUCCUGGCUGCGUCUUCACAACACUGUGGAUCCGGGCUUCAUCAACCUGUCCUGGCACCCGUCGCUGAAAAGACCCCCCCUUCCUCCUCCUUCUCCCGUCUGCCACAGCCCUGCAGAGCCAUGGCGACCAGCGUCAUCCGCCACACCGCAGACAGCAGCCCCUGCCAACACCACAUUCCAGUGGCCCCCAAUCCAGAGAAAACUAGAGACACAGUAACGGCUGCAGUGGUCUACCAGCAGCAGCGGCAACAGCAGCAACGCGUUACAAAGACUGAGCAGAUAAGCACACCUCCAUCUCCUCCGACUGCUCUUACACCCACAUUGUUCGCCACAAUAACAGAGCAGCAAGCCAGUCCCUCAAAACCCUGUUUUGACAGUUUCUCCACAUCCACUCAUGUCAGUACCCAACUGCAGAGCAGCCCACCCACUGCUCCCGCAACCCUGUCCCCACAUUCAGUCACCAGCUCUCAAAUCAUCUGCCAGAUGUUCCCUGUCAGCAGCCAAUCAGGUAUAAUCUCAGCCUUCAUACCAGGCACUGUUCAGACAUCAAAUGCUGGGAUUCGGACCGCCACCACAUCCAUCCUCCCCCACCCCUCCUCAGCUAACUCCGGCCCUGUCCAGCAGUCCCUCAUCGUGGGCUCAGCGGUGCCCCAGGGCACGGUGAUGCUGGUUCUCCCUCAGUCCUCCGUCUCUCAGGCCCCUCACUGUCCUCAGACUGUCAUGACGCUGGGCAACACAAAGCUGCUACCUCUGGCCCCGGCCCCUGUGUACGUGCCCGCGGGGCCCAGUGGCGGUACAACAGCCACAAAGAUGGACUUUUCCCGCAGGAGAAACUACGUCUGCAACUUCCCAGGCUGCAGGAAGACGUAUUUCAAGAGCUCACACCUCAAGGCUCACCUAAGAACACACACAGGUGAGAAGCCUUUCAGCUGCAGCUGGGAAGGCUGCGAUAAGAGGUUCGCCCGCUCCGACGAGCUCUCCCGACACCGGCGAACUCACACCGGCGAGAAAAAAUUUGUGUGUCCCGUGUGCGACCGGCGAUUCAUGCGCAGUGAUCACCUCACCAAACACGCCCGACGUCACAUGACCACAAAGAAAAUUCCCUCCUGGCAGGCUGAUGUUCGGAGCCUGAACAAAAUGGUCGCGGGCAAAACACCUCCCUCAAAACCUGGCCUUGCCACGCUAAGCAUGCUGGUGCCUGCCGGCUCCAAGUAGACAAUGAACACUGCCAUCGUACCUACUCCCAAGAUACAACAGGGAGCAGCCAAGCACACACGGCUGCUGCUAUUUUACUCAUGGGAAU